AUAAUAAUCAAUGUCAAGCUCCUAGUUUUGAAAAUGUUAUUUUCAUCAAUUAAAAAAAAGGUCCUCGCCUUCUCGGCGCACAAAUGACGUCACUUCAAAUUGCAUUUUUAGCUCGACUUUUAAAAUAAAGAAUAUCCCGAAACAUUUUGGGUCAAGGAAAUAAAGUCAAACCACUUAUUUCACAUUGUAACAUGAAAUAUGUAAUUUAAAAAACUAGCUGUUUUCGGUGUGGUGGUUGAGCGAAAUGAUGACGCCAUCAAACUGCAUCAGAAUUUAGCGGUAAGUUCAACGUCUCAGCGUCAAGCAAGCAACAACUUUCGUGGCGAACUGUGAUGUUGACGUACAUUUGGGUUAUUUUACUAAUUUCACAGUUAUCUUAGUAGUUUAUAACUUAUGGGAGCAAAAAGCCCACAAGCUAACUUGAUGCUAUCGAGGGUGGGUUUCUAAACCAAUGGAGGGUAGUUCGUCUUGUUCUUCUAUGCUUUCUGCGCCCCGUCAGCCGUCUUUCCUUUUGUCAACUUUGGAGCGCUUAUCCAACACUCCGUGCCUGAAACUCAGCGCUCAGGAGGCCCCUCCUGUCGCUGUCAUCGCCCUUCGGAGGUAUCUGUCUGAGCAGGCUGUGGAUCAGCAGCAGCCCGUCUUCUACAGCUACGACGUGACGGUCACAGACGGAUCUUGGCGAGCCAAAUGCUUUCUUCACCCCAGUUUAAACCACCUUGUGCACACCAACACUCUGAGGACAGGAAGUGACAUCAGCGUCAGGCAGUGCUCCUAUGUUUACAACGAGAGGAGGCUGGGAUGUGGUUACAUUUGUGUUGAGGCGCUGGUCUGUGACGCAGAGAAGUCCGCUCUUCUGCCCGGUGUUGAUGACAUCCGGUCAUUACCAGUUCUGGUGAAGCCUGGCAUGGAGAGGAGCAUGCUGCUGCACAGUGAUGUUCCUCUGCAGCCGGACUGCAGACACUACCUGCCCCUGUGGAACAACGACGAUCCAGAGGGGGACAUCUGGAUGUCAGAUUCUCCCUCCUCUGAAACAGUGCUGGACGUGUCAAAGGUCGCUCUCCUAGGUGGUCUGGAGUCCUAUCUCAGAUACUCAAAGAAGCCUUAUCCCCUCCUGGUAAAAAUAAUACACAAAUCCAGGUUAAGGUAUUACGGCAGGCCGGGACUCAAGAUUCAUUACCCCUAUCAGGCGUACUUUGAGGUUGCUGACAAGAGUGGCAUAAUGUCGCUUGUGCUUUGGAAUGAUCUUUGUCCCGAGUUUUACCAGAGAUUGAGUGUCGGCACGGUGCUGUAUCUCCAAAAUUACGCCCUGAAGAAGAGUUAUUCAAACAAAUCACGCCCACAAAUGAGCCACUACGGAAUGACAAACUUCACCUCUACUGAAAUCAGCUUGAACUAUCGUGAGCCGGCUGCUGUCAUCACCAUAGUCUCACCCAAGAGUGUCCAGCCUCAGUGGGGGCUCCCCGAGGUUUCCUACCAGUUCACCAGCAGGUCUGAGUUGGAGAAUCUGCCCGGUGAUUAUGUUUGUGAUGUCAUUGGUUUGGUAACAUUUGCUGGCCGUGUGGAAAGAGUCAUUAGCAAAGGCAACAAAGGUCCUGAUAAAUACUGGAGCUAUCGCUGGGUCCACGCUGUGGAUGGAACGUUUGACCAGCCUUUCAUCUUGGAGCUGUUUUCCACAUCUCAUCCUGAAAUCUUUGGUCACAUUUGUCCAAUGACCUACCUGGUGUGCACGCAGAUGCGAGUCUGUAAAGUGGAAGGCUCACAGCCCUACCUCUCAAGCAGCUGUGGAACAGAGAUCUUCAUCACAGGUUACCACAAGGGCCAGCCAUAUGUGGGUGACCCCAGGGUGAAAAGCUUCAUCCAGUGGACCAAAACUCUGAAGGACAACACAGUCAUGCAGAAGUCCACUGUUGGUGGCUAUUACUGCUAUCCUCACCCCCCACGGUUUUUUAAACAGACAGCAGCAAAAUCACCAGUUCCUCUGGUUUCUGCGGCCGACCUGAAGAAGGAGCUGGAGACUCUGCAAUACAGAGAACAUAAAAGAGUUGCUAUUCAGGGAUGGAUCACAGCAGUACGUUACACAGAAGCCCCAAGAUCCUCAGAGACUCAAACAAUGGAAGGCAAUGAGGUUUCAGAUGAUGAGCAAGAACAAGUUGGACCAGAACAACAAGCUUCUCCUCCAACAGUUAAGCAAACAUUUGCAGGUGGUUCAUUAUCCCCCUCCUCUGACAGAAGCUCAGCAAACAUAUUGAAAAUAAAAAAUCAUCAGAGUGAAACCACACCAUCCUGCCUGAAUCGUGGCAGCGCUUCAUCUAAAAGACACAGAAAUACACAUGGAAGGGAGGAAGAGGAGGUGGAUCAAGGUCAGGUCUGCAACGCUCCCUUCUGGGAAAUCAGCGGCUGGUCCAUACAGCAACAAGAACUCUCUGAACGUUUGUGUCAAGGCGGCCUGCACCAGGACAGCAUCUUUCGCAAGUUUGUGUUUGAUGAGAGGAUCACCCUGAUGCAGUGGUCUAACCUUCAGCCGGGGCAGUGGACGUCAGAGCCAAUAGCCGACCCCAUUCCACCUGCUUCCUGUCCCGGAUACUACCAGCUGACUAUUCUAGGUAUUAACAAGCAGAUGGCUGUCGAUGCUGCGUUUUUCCCUGUCGGGAACGUCGGCGAUCCCCGAGCUGUUGGUCUUCCUCAAGAUCCACACAACAACACCAUGUUGUCCUGCCUUUCAUCUGGUUUCCUGUUCCCGCUCAGCGGUGCAGCCCUUCCUCAGCCCGAGGAGAUCUUGGUGACGGCCUCAGAGCUGGAAGACAUGCAUCUGGUGUGCGUCCUGGAUCUUUGCCAUUUGGGUGGGAAUCAAGUGGAAGUCCUGAUGAACAAAGUUUAUAAAUUCACAGAAGUUUUCCCUGAUUAGAAACUGCAAAAAACUGUUAAAAAUGUACAAAAUUUUGCUUUCUUUUUGUAUUUUUAUAAUGAGCAAGAAAAUAAAAUUCUGCAGCUUUAA